AUGGGAUUACUUGAUUUCAUACGAAGUUUUCGUGCAACAUCUCAACAAGAACUACGUAUUUUACUAUUAGGCCUUGAUAAUGCCGGAAAAACCACAUUACUCAAAGUUCUUGCUUCUGAAGAUAUUUCACAUAUAACACCUACACAAGGUUUUAAUAUUAAGAGUGUGCAGUCAAGUGGUUUUAAGCUUAAUGUAUGGGAUAUUGGUGGUCAACGUAGAAUACGACCAUAUUGGCGCAAUUACUUCGAAAAUACCGAUGUUUUAAUAUAUGUUAUUGAUAGUUCUGAUCGAAAACGUUUCGAUGAAACAAAUCAAGAAUUGUGGGAAUUAUUAGAAGAAGAAAAAUUACGUAAUGUACCUCUAUUAGUUUUUGCUAAUAAACAAGAUUUAUUAAAUGCUGCUAAAGCAUCUGAUAUAACUGAUGGUUUAUCAUUACAUCAAAUACGUGAUCGACGUUGGCAAAUACAGGGUUGUUCAGCACAUACAAAAGAAGGUGUUAAAGAAGGUCUUGAGUGGAUAUCAAAAACAAUUGGUAGUAAUAAAAAGAAAUAG